AUGCCACAAAAACAGGUGGCGUCCGUGAUCCCGACACCGACGGUGUACCCGAGCGAUAGGAUGCUUUACCUCACAGUCAGCCCGUACGUGAGGAUCAACGGCACUAACUUCGACACCAAGACCACCGCUCUCUUCUUCUCCCCGCCCCUCUCCGAUGGCACGGACGUCGAUAUUUUCGUGAAAUCAUCUACGACGAUCGUGGUGUACCUCGUACCGAAGACCGAGGGCAACCAGUGGGCGGAUGAGCCGGGCCCGCUGAAGCUAGUGGCGAUCGACACUGGUGCCGGCCUUCUUCUCCUCCGAGAGGACGUGAGUGACUUCCCCUUGCUCGCUCGCUCGAUCGCAGCUGUCAAGAACGNGCGGUCUUUGGUCCUUCCGGUUUACGUGCAGCUUGGGGGCGUGACUAUCGCCGAGAUGCAAGCCGACAUGGAUGGGCACUCCAUAUCGGUGGAGCCUCACGAAGAGGUCACCAUGUACCAGUCGAGCAAGGUCUUGACCAUCGCGGGGCAAGGGUUCAACGCCAGCUAUACCAAGUUCCGGUUCGCCGCCAGCAUCGUGGAGGGGAGGAAUUACACCCAGGUCGUGACGCCCGAGUCGGCCACCUUCACGCUGGAGGAGGGGAGCAAGUGGCGACAGGAUGCGCCGUCGUGGCCUACGCCUCUUGUCCUGCUAGCGGCUAAUGCCGGGGACGGUUUCGUGCCUUUGGGAGCCACAAAAGCGGGGAGGAAGGUGGCGACUAUCUACGAGGACCCUAGGUGAGUCUCGUCUUGUUUGUUGUUGCUGGUUUUGUUGUUGGUGUGGGUGUUUGUAGUAGUUGUUUUUUUGUGCUGAGGCAGCCGUCGGUAUCACUGCCAGAUAAGGCCGCUGCUCUUUUGAAGUCUAUGUUGACGUGUGUAUCUCUAGUCUGACACAAUGGCCUUAAAGCUCGCAUCCGCGGGGACCGAUUCCACCACGCGAGACGGCUUGGCCCUGCCUCGUUACGACACCCGUGCCGAACGUUGCAUAUUUGCAUAUUUUCGGGCCGUUUGUGCAAAAUGCAUCCCCCAACGCACGUCAAACUGCCGAUGCCUUUGGAAACUCCUGGUGUGAGUCGUGCAGCUACCGCAGUGCUGUUUUUUGGCGGUCGGAUUGUUUAACGCUGACAACAAGGUUCGGGGUGCUCGGCAGAGUA